GUGUACGGCUCAGGGGCAGGGAAUCACUCUGCCUCAGGUGUAGGCUUCCUGCCCGUGUUGAGCGGAUGAUGGGGCCUGUAGCUGCACUCCAUGUCUGAUUUUUACCGUUCAUUCACGCUGGGUGUGGGUAGUUCUGCUCUUCAUCUUCCUUUUGAGUAAGGCAUGUCGUCUACAGAAGUUACUGUGCAUGCUUAGUUUUGGUUGGUGCUGAUUUCUGAGUGUGUCUAUUAAUGAUAGUAAGUCAUAAGUAUAUGUGGCAAAAUACAUAAUACCCUUUUAACUUUUUUUUUCUUUCUCUUUUUAAUGGCAUAAUGUAGUAAGUGUUCUAUUUUACUUGUGUAUGUUUAAGUGUGUUGUUACAGCCUUCCAAUGGAGAUAAAAGUAGUCAGAAGGUAUGAAACAAGAAAUAAAACAGCAGCAACAGAACUGUCAUCAUCCAGAUCCCGAGUUGAUUGGAGACGCACUAAGAGGGAGCUCAUACUACUUGACAGUAAUGAUGAAUCCUCGGGUACCUCUGAGGAGGAAGAGCCUAGUACAUCAGAAGAUGAAGUAGAUGACAAAGAUGAAACUGCUGUGAAGAACAGCCUUUCGGGUCACAAAGAGAAAAGUCACAAUGGGGAAGUAACAGACAGUAGUGAGGAUGAGGAGUGCAUUGUGCCUGGAAAGCGCAAAAGGUUGAACUCAUCUGUCUUGUAUGACAGUGAUGAAAGUGAGGACAGUGAUAUACUUGUUAGAAAAGUUUUUGCCAAGCGCCACUGUAUAAUAGAUGAAGAUGAGAAUUCCAGAGAACUACAACCUGAUAAAACCUGCUCUACAGAAAAUGGUUCUACUAAUAAGAAAGUGUUUGCAAAAUUGAAACAGCUUGCAAGACAAACAACCUGGAGAUCUGGCAGAAGUGAAAAUUGUGAGGAUUCUAGUAGUGAAGCAGAAAUGGAGGAGGAGCCGUUCUCUCACUUGCCCCUCACACCCACAGAAGGUAGUGAAACUGACUGCAACAGCUUGAAAGAUUUUAUAGUAGAGGAAGAAGAAGAUGAUGAUGAUGAUGACACAAAGCAUGUAAUGGGUGAAAACGAGCCACAACACAAGGAACUGAAUGGAUCAAAUAGUUUGCUGGCAAACUGUGUCCCAAACUUAUCUCGCUGUGAUCAUUAUGUACACUUCAAAAGAAUAGUAAAGGCUUUCCUCAUAAAUGCAAUUGAUGACACUUUUCUGAGCUCAUUAUAUGAUGGAACAAGACAUAAGAAGUAUGCACAGGAUAUGUUGCUCUCACUUCAUUAUUUGGAUGACCGCUUCAUUCAGCCUCGUCUUGAGAACUUAGUCUCUGGAAGUCGUUGGAAAGAUCGAUACAAGGAACGUGUGGAUUGUUACUCGAAUGUUCGCAUAACCUUGAAAAGCCCAAAAUACAUGUCUUGUCAUGCCUGUGAAUUGAAUCGUUAUUGUAAGUUUAAUGUGCUGCUCUCUGGAAAGCUUUACAAUAGCAGAACACUGGAAACAGAUGACUUCAUGUCAGAUGACAAACAGGUUUUGGAAGUUGGCAUGGUGUGUGCAGAUCGGACAAGAGUUUACCAUAAUUUGAAGCACUUCAAAUACAAGUUGUACCUGCAUUGUAGCUCCAUUACCGAGUUAGAUGGUUUUGAAGAUGAACCAGUCAAAGACACAGUAGAACGUCUUUUCAGCCAGUUGGAAGACAGUGGGUGGAUUCAGAAGAGAUACAGUGAUCUUGAAGACUGUAUGAAUGCUGCAGACAAUUUCCAAGAAGAGAGAAUAGAUUAAGUGGUCACAUAGCAUUUUGAAAGGCAUCUAUAAAAAAAUUGAAUGACCUGCAUUAUGUAUGCACUUUAUCUCUGCUUGGUCUUCAAGAUUCUUUCUAGGGUGUUACGUUUAAAUCCAUAUGCCUUCAACCAACUAUUUGAGAAUUUGCUCUAUUUUUUGUCUUAUUUGCAUCAAUAAUAACCCAAAGUUAUAUCA